AUGGUCCCAAAUUUCAAGCCCUCCGAAUCAAUCCCUCAAACCCAGACAGUGGCUCUGGUCAACGAGCUCGUUGGUGAUAUCGAGUUCCGCGAGGAUUACCCCGUUCCCACGCCCGGACAGAACGAAGUGCUCGCAAAGGUUCUAUAUACGGGGGUCUGUCACAGUGGUGAGAAAGCCUGGCUCGCAUCUACCUGUCGUCAGGUUUUAAUACCCGGAUGCCUAGAUCUCCAUACGAAGAGCGGUACCGCCGCAAGCGCAGAUGGCAAGCCCCAUACCAAAAAGCUCCCGCACAUCGGUGGACAUGAGGGUGUAGGGCAAAUUGUUGCGCUGGGUCUUGGAUGCGGAUCGGAUUUGAAAAUCGGAAGUUUCGUCGGCAUUCGCUUCUCCAGUCGUAUCUGUCGGAGAUGCGAGUUCUGCUUAGCCGGUACGGAGCAGCAUUGUGUGAAAGGCACCAAUCAUCUGAUCCACGAGGAUGGCAGUUUUCAAGAGUAUAUUGCGCUUGACGCGGACUACUUGACACUCCUGCCAGAUGAUAUCGACCCAAAGGUCAUGGGUCCUGUCCUGUGCGCUGGCGUCACUGCAUACAAGGCUGUUUUGAAUGCCAACAUCCGCGCAGGUAACUGGCUAGUAGUGGUAGGCGCUGGCGGCGGCCUCGGACAUCUGGCAGUUCAAUACGCAAAGGCACAAGGAGCUCUGGUCAUUGGAGUAGAUGCUGGCGACAAAAGAGACUUUGUGCUGGGCCUCGGGGCCAAGGAAUUCAUUGACUUCACAUCCACCGAUCCCGCCCAGCGAGUCCACGAGAUCACCGGCCUCGGUGCACAUGCAGUAGUGGUCACAGCAGGCAGCGCGAAAGCAUUUGCGCAUGCAUGUGACAUGCUGCGUGUCGGAGGUACUCUGAGCUGCGUCGGUAUACCGCCAGGACGCCCAGCCCUGGAAACCCCCAUCGCCACCAUUGUUAUUAAGGGCCUAAAGAUCACGGGCAGCCUCAUAGGAUCGUUGAAAGAAUGCAUGGAAGCUGUGGAUCUGGUUCGCCAUGGGGUAGUCAAGCCGGUCAUUAAGGUCCGUCCUUUUAGAGAGCUCCCUCAGGUAUAUGAGGAGAUGGAAAGGGGCGACAUAGCGGGAAGAGUUGUUCUUCAGGUUUCAGAAAUGACUUAUCCCAGUAUGCCACGAGAGCAUGCCAGGCUUUGA